CUAGCCCGCCCCCCAUGACUAAUCCCCUCCCUUUCCCACUCCCAAACAUAUGAAAAUUCAUCUCAUUUAUUUAACACAAACAAUCUUCCAGAAAAAACACAAACAGUACUACGUUUAUCAUAGUUUUACGUUGAAUCAGCCAUUCAAUAAACUUUGGGUCAUUUUGCUUAAUUUCAAUUUCUGGAUUCGGAUUCCAUUCCCCGCGCCCCACUACACUAUCAGGAGCGGUUGUUAAGAGGCAAUGGCGAGAGUAGCGUGCUCUCAGCUUCUUCCUUCCCGAGUACAUUCACUUAGCUCCUCUUUCCAAUGGCUUACACGUUCAGAAACCAAACAUUCUCUACUCCUAAAGACGCGGCGGUUUUCCACCGCAAAAGUAAGCGUGAGUUUGAGAGCCGGGAUUGUUGGCCUUCCUAAUGUAGGAAAAUCCACUCUCUUCAACUCCGUUGUUGAGAAUGGAAAGGCUCAAGCUGCUAACUUUCCCUUCUGCACAAUAGAACCAAAUGUAGGGAAAGUUGCGGUUCCAGAUCCACGCCUCAAUGUGCUCUCUGAUCUUAGCAAAUCACAUCGAGCUAUACCAGCAUCAAUAGAAUUUGUUGAUAUUGCUGGACUUGUAAAGGGAGCCAGCCAAGGAGAGGGUUUGGGUAAUAAAUUCUUGUCUCACAUUCGUGAAGUGGACUCCAUACUCCAGGUUGUGCGCUGCUUUGAGGAUAAUGAUAUUGUUCACGUGAAUGGGAAAGUUGAUCCAAAGUCUGAUAUUGAUGUAAUCAACCUGGAGUUGGUGUUCUCAGACUUGGAUCAGAUUGAAAAAAGAAUGGAGAAACUUAAAAAAGGCAGAGCAAAAGAUUCACAGUCUAAAGUUAAGGAGGAAGCAGAAAAAUCUGCCCUGGAAAGGAUUCAAGAUGCGCUGGUUAAUGGAAAUCCAGCAAGAUCAGUGUCUCUAACAGCUUUUGAAAAGGAUGCUGUGAAGCAUCUGUGCUUGCUUACGAUGAAACCAGUUAUAUAUGUGGCUAAUGUUGCAGAGUCGGAUGUAGCUCAACCUGAAAGCAAUUCUCAUGUCAAAGAAGUGAUGAAUACUGCUUUAGAGCUACAUUCUGGUGUAGUAACCAUCUCUGCACAGGUUGAGUCAGAGCUCGCUGAGCUUCCUCUAGGAGAAAGGCUGGAGUAUUUAAAAUCACUCGGUGUUAAUGAAAGUGGCCUUGGAAAUCUUAUCAGAGAAACAUAUGCUCUCCUUGGUUUGAGAACAUACUUCACUUCUGGCGAGAAGGAAACAAAGGCUUGGACUAUACUCUCUGGCAUGACUGCACCUCAAGCAGCUGGAGUCAUACAUUCUGACUUCGAAAAGGGUUUCAUUCGAGCGGAGACGGUUGCUUAUGAUGAUUUUGUUGCUGCUGGGUCAUUUGCAGCUGCAAGAGAGAAAGGACUUUUGAGGUUAGAAGGGAAAGAGUAUGUUGUACAAGAAGGGGAUGUGAUGCUAUUUCGCUUCAAUGUUUGAUAGACACAAGGUUGGUUCUUAAAUUGUUCUGUUGGAUUAGAGUGCCAAACCAGCCCCUGAUCAUGCUGAACAAGCCCUUGAUUUUGCUCAAAUUAGAUUCAUACCAUGUCUGUCAUCCACAGAUUAAGCAAACAGAAACAGCUAUUGAUAUGUUAGCAUGACAUGAGAUUCACUAAUAUCAUUAAUUGAUAUUGCGACAGGGUGCAUAGAGACAUACUUUGUAAAUUAGUCUAUGAAUAACACGGUAGACUAAGUCUACUUUAGAAAGUGAGUGAUAAUUUUGUAGUACUCUAUCAGUACAUUAAUCGUAUACUCGAAUUGCAUCUGCAUUUUUACGUUAUCUUCCUUGAUAACUUUCUUAUAAGUAAAAUACUCAUGAUAGAAGGGAGCCUUGGCGCACCGGUUACAAUGUUGCUGUAUGAUUGAGAGGUUAUGAUUUCAAGUUUUGGGAGCGGCCCUUUUGUCAAAAUGAAAAGGGAAUGUUUACUCUGUAUACAGCUUUGUGGUGAGACCCUUCCUCGGACCCUCACCUUGCGGGAAUGCCAAUGUGCACCGCAACACCGAGCUGCCCCUUAAGUAAAUAGUCAUGAUACUAAAUACUACAUAUUUUGAAGGGUUUUUGUGUGGUGUUUAGAUAUGUAAGCUUUAUUUUCUUAUACUACAUUGUAGUAACUAUUACAAAAAUUCCACCAAAAAUAUCUUCAGCCUCUCGUCACAUUACAGAAUCUAUGGAGCGAUUAGUGGUCACCUGGGGUGUACUUGAUUAGUUAUUGUUUUAUUUUUAUUUCUUGCUAAUGGUAAUGGGUGAAGCUGUGAAGGUCUUCAACUCUGCAUUACAUAGAUUUAGAGAUUUAAAGAUAUAUGAAAGUAUUUCGUAUCUGUUUCAGAAACUGGUGAUGUGAAAAAGGUUAGAAGGAAAUUCGGAGGACAUCAUAUUGUGAUGCAGGACACAUCACUGGCUGUUAUAGUUAGUUACAUUCAUUUAACAAAUUAGUUAGUUGGCUUGUAUAUAGACUGAAUAACAAAUUAGUUAGUUACAUUCAUGUAUGAUCAUAAUGCAAUUUGCAAUCUCUUCAUCUCUUUCAUUCCUAUCCUCUCUUAAUCUACUGCCAUUAACAUUGAGAAACUAGCUCGGAUUGUUCUCCAUUAAUCUGAAAUCCAUGCGUUUCUC